GUGCGCGCGUCCGCUGACGUGGAAAGAAGCAGCAGCCGCCACACUCGGCGAUGGCGUCCCCGGGCUUCUGGUCCCUCGGUGCGGGGGACAAUUCGGGCAGCCGGAGCCCCAACACGCCCCGAGCUUGGUGCCAGGCGGCGGCCCAGAAACUCUCUGGAGGGCUCGGAUCCAAAUUAUGUGCGCUCCUGAACGUGGCGGAGGGCGACAAAGGCGGCGGCGGCGGCGGCGGCGACCCCCCCGCCACCGCCGCGCGGCAGCCCGACGUGACUGACGGCGGCUGCGGAUGCAACAAAAGCUGCGACUGCGCCAGAGCCGCCGUGCCGGGCUUCUCCGACCUCUACUCAACAGACCUCCUGCCGGCCCUGGACGGCGACGCCAAGACGUUGAGCUUCCUGCAGGAGGUGGUGGACAUCCUGCUGGCCUACAUCGUCGAGUCGUUCGACCGAGACAGCAAAGUCAUCGACUUCCACUACCCCAGCGAGCUGCUGCAGAACAACGACUGGGAGCUGCAGCACGAGCCCAGCACGCUGGACGACAUCUUGAUCAGCUGCCGAGCCACGCUCAAGUACGCCAUUAAGACAGCCCACCCCAGGUACUUCAACCAGCUCUCCACUGGAUUGGACAUGGUGGGCCUGGCUGCCGAUUGGCUGACGUCCACUGCCAACACCAACAUGUUCACGUACGAGGUGGCGCCGGUGUUCGUGCUGCUGGAGUACGUGACGCUGAAGAAGAUGCGCGAGAUCAUCGGCUGGCGCGACGGCCGCGGCGACGGCAUCUUCUCGCCCGGGGGCGCCAUUUCCAACAUGUACGCCAUGCUGCUGGCCCGCUUCAAGAUGUUCCCUGAAGUGAAGGAGAAGGGAAUGUCGUCGGUUCCCCGGCUGGUGGCCUUCACCUCCGAACACAGUCAUUUUUCCAUCAAGAAAGGCGCGGCGGCUUUGGGCAUCGGCACCGAGAGCGUCAUCUGCAUCAAGGCCGACCAAAGUGGCAAAUUGAUCCCCGCCGACCUCGAGCGGCGAAUUGUGGAGGCCAAACAGAAGGGUUUCGUGCCGUUCUUCGUGAGCGCCACGGCGGGCACGACGGUCUACGGCGCCUUCGACCCGCUGCUCGCCAUUUCCGACAUUUGCAGGAAGUACGACGUGUGGAUGCACGUGGACGGCGCGUGGGGAGGAAGUCUGCUCAUGUCCCGGAGACAUCGCUGGAAACUGGACGGCGUUGAGAGGGCCAAUUCGGUGACUUGGAACCCGCACAAGAUGAUGUCGGUGCCGCUGCAGUGUUCCGCCUUGCUGGUGCGCGAGGAGGGCCUGAUGCAGCAGUGCAACCAGAUGCAGGCCUGCUACCUGUUCCAGCAGGACAAGCACUACGACCUGUCGUACGACACCGGCGACAAGGCGCUGCAGUGCGGCCGCCACGUGGACAUCUUCAAGCUGUGGCUCAUGUGGCGAGCCAAGGGCACCGUCGGCUUCGAGGCGCAGAUCGACAAGUGCCUGGAGCUGUCCGAGUACCUGUACAACAAGAUCAAGGACCGGGACGGAUACCGGAUGGUCUUCGACGGAAAACCGCAGCACACCAACGUUUGCUUCUGGUAUCUCCCGCCGGGGAUGCGCUGCAUGGACGACACCGAGGAGAAGAAGAAACGCUUGCACAAGGUGGCGCCGGUGAUCAAGGCGCGCAUGAUGGAGUACGGGACCACCAUGGUGAGCUACCAGCCGCAGGGGGACAAGGUCAACUUCUUCCGCAUGGUCAUCUCCAACCCGGCCGCCACCUUCCAGGACAUCGACUUCCUCAUCGAGGAGAUCGAGCGUCUGGGCCAGGAUCUCUAACUGGCCGUCCUCCGUUUCCUUCCCAAACUUACAGGGCAGAGAUCCAAUUGUUUAAAAAGUCAACUUUCCAUACACCCCCUUAAUACUGAGGCUGACAAAGUUGGAUUUUGUGAAGUGAUGUAUUGAAGUGAAGAAGAAAAAUGCUAACGCUAAUAUUCCCCCCACUGAAUGCAUCGUUAUGAGUACUUGCGGUGCAGAAUACUGCCCGGCACGGUCGAUCUUGUACGGUUCCUGGAUGGAAAAUGUUUGGGAGGACAAAAAAAGCACAAGCGGACUCGUCCCUGCUCGAUUGAUUCAAAAGCAAUAUCGAUGAAUUGAUUGAUCGUAAGAAAAGCACAAUUGGCUCCGCAAUCACUUUUAAGACUCGAUCAGAUGUAAAUAGCGCUGUACGUAGUACUUGUAUAUAAGAUGUAUAACCAGAGAUUAUCUGUGAGGUGCAGGGGUGGGCAAAGUAUUAUAUUAGUUCAUUAAAAUGUCCGUUUUGACGCAUUUAUCUCAUUAUGUAUUGUCGGGGGGAUUGACAUUUGAUAGUUACUUUGUUAAAUCAUUGGCUAAAUAAUAACAACUGAAUUAGUUGUUAAUAAUGAACUUUGAAAAAAAAAAUUGACAGACUUAUGACCUUUUUUGAUUUCAUAAUUACAAAUCUAAUGUGACCCUUGAACCCAAAACUUUAACCCCCCCCCCCCCCCCC